AUGCGUCCCCUGCAUAACGCCCUGCUUCCCCCUUUCCCCUGUCUUCCCUACACCAUUAUUCCCCCUCUGCCCUCCUUGCCUUACGCCCUUGUUCCCCCCAUCCUCUCGGCCUUACCCCCUUCUUCCCGUUCUCUUCCUUACGCCCUGCUUCCCCUCUUUCCCUCUCUGCCCUCCAUCCUACUCCCCCUUAUCCCCUCUCUGCCUUACACCCUUCCUCCCCCUGUCCCCUCUCUGCCUUACCCGCCCCCUUCCACCUUUGACCACCAGAUAAUGCACCGUUGGUCCCCUUUGUUCCUUUUCUCAACCCGCCACCCUGUUCUCCCCUCUCCGCUGUACACCCUCCUUCUCCCUCUUUCCUCACUCCCUUACCCCCUUCUUCCACCUAUCCCCUCAACGCCUUACACUCUUCUUCCCCCUUUUCCCUCUCCACCCUACACCCGUCUUUCCCAUCUCCCCUCUCUGCCUCCCUCCCAUCUUCCCCCUUUCCCCUCUCUCCUUACACUCUACUUGCCCCACCAUGCGUUCAGUGCCUUACACAGUGCUACUUCCUUUUUCCUCUCUUCCUUACACCUUACUGAACCCCUUUCCCCUCUCUGCCUUACGCCCAUGCCCCCACCGUUCACUCACAUCCUUACACCUUUAUUCCCCCGCCAUGAGUUAGAGGUCUUACAACCUUUUUCCCCCAUUCUCCACUCUGCCACACCCCCUUCAACCUCCUUUCCACCCUCUGGGCCUUACGCCCACCUUCCCCCCUUUCCCUCUCUUCACUUCAGCCUACUUCUUCUUUCCCCUCACAUCCUUAUGCCCUGCGUCUCCCUUCCCCCACUCUCCUUACACUUUUCUCAUUGCACCAUGAGUUCACAGCCUAACGCCUGCUUCCCCCUUUCCCCUCUCUGCCUCACACCCUUCUUCUUCCUUUCCCCACUCUGCAUUACCACCUUCGUCCAUGUCUCCAACCUCGGUGCCUUGCACCCUGCUUCCCCCUUUUCCCUCUCUUCCCUACACUCUUCUUCCCCCUCUCCCAUCACGGCCCUACACCCUUAUACCCCCUUUUCGGGCACAUCGUUAAACCCUUCAAUCCCCACCAUGCGUUCUCUGCCGUCCCGCCCUUCUUCCCCUAUUCCCCACACUGCCAUACCUCCUUCUUCCGCUUUUACACCCUCUCUGCCUUACGCCCUUCAUCCCCCUUUUCCCCUCCUCCUUUUUUUCCUCUGCCCCCUUUUCCCCUCUCUUCCCUUCACCAUUCUCGCCCCCUUCCCCUCUCUACCUUACACCCUUCUUCCCCACCAAGCGUACUCUCCCUAUCGUCCUGCUAAACCGCUUUUCCCCCUCUUCCCUACACCCUGUUUCCCCCUCUCUCUGGUAUGCCUUGCGCCCUGCUUCCCCCUUUCCCCUCUCUUCCCUACACCAUGCGUCCCCCUCCCCCUUGUCUACUAA